AUGUUCUCUCUAGAAGACUGCAUAGAACGUCCACUGGAUAUAGCUCAGCUCAUUUUUGAACAGAACUGGAAUCCGAAUCGAGAAAACUGUGAAAACCAGUUUGGGAUUCCCGAGUAUUUCCAAAGUGCUUUUCAGCAUGAAAAUGAUAUUUACAAAAUACCCUCUCUAAAUGAUAUUCCCGUUGACCAAAUUCAGUCCAAUACUCUCGUUCGCUUUAGAGGAAUGAUACAAAAUACUUUUCUCGCCGUUGAAUUAUAUGCUCCUGUACAUGAAUCGCUCGACCGGAAUGGUGAUCAGACUUGGAAAUUGCAUCGGUACCAGGAUUACAACGAUGAAGAACAGGGACUAGGUCCAAAUCUGGAACAACAAAACAGCCAUUUUGACGAGAAAUGCUCUUUUUACGUUACAUCCGUACCCGGCGAAACAGAAUGGGCGAGGAAGAUAUCCUUUUCUAUUGAAGAAAUAUACGGUUUCAGAUCUGAAUAUCACCAAGGCACACAAGAUCCCAUAGAAGGAUUGACAUGGCAAACAGCUUCUUUGUCUAUCAACAAUACUGACAUUGACAAAAGAAAGAAGCGUAUCGAUUCAAAAUAUCCAUUUCCCAAUGAGAAGCAUAUCGGUGUUGUUGUCAAGAUUUACGAAAAAGAUGCGUCAAUAAAAGUUACCGACGUGGUAGAAUUCGUCGGAGUACUAGAAGAACACAGAACAUCUCCAAAUGCCGAUGCUGACGGAGAUGGCUUUGUCGACCCGCUAGCAUUGCUCUCUGUGCCAUGCAUCCAUUCAAUAUUUUUCCGCAAGAUCCAUCCAAGUGGAAAUCCAUUGUUGCAUAAUCCUAGUAUUGAACGAAUUGUCAGGGAAAACGCGCGCGAAAUACGAAGAGAAUUAAUUCGAUAUAUUGCCAGUGUAUUCUAUGGCGAUGAGUUGGUUGCCGAAUUUCUAUUACUCCAGUUGUUAUCUAGAGUUCAUUCUCGAAGGAGUGGUUUGAUACUUGGAAAAUUUGCUUUAAACAUAACCAACAUUAGCUCAUCGGCGACGAAUUCACCGACGUCAUCGCACACUGUGCUCUCCUCAAACUCUUCCUCAUCUACUCCAGUCGUUCUAACCCACAAACCAUACUUCUCCUCAACCGUUUCCGCAUUGCUUUCUUCCCUCCUCCCUCGUUACCAUGAUCUUCCUUUGACUUUGGAAAUAUUAAAUAACGUCUUCAUGUAUCCUCGAAAUCUCGAUGCUGAUGAUGGCUUUUUGGAGAGUGGUGUCUUGCAAGUAUCUGAAGGAACACGGUUGUUGAUUGAUGAGACCGUGUUACAGGAAGGAAAACUUGGCGAAAGUGGUGUGCGCAAUAUCCAGGCGAUUGAAGAAAUUUUAACUCAGCAAAAGUUAGGCUAUGCCUUUCCGUUUCAUACUUUUCAAUACGAAACAGACAUUGGAGUUAUAAUUUUGUCGAAUGCCAGGUCAUUACUUCCCUGCGAUUGUACUAUUCCUUUGUCUCCCACAGAUCAAUCUCAGUCUUACCAGCCGAAUGAAAAAUUAAUUAAUGAUUUUAGAUCGUACUUGAGCGCAUUACGAUAUGCCGAUUACACUAUACCAGAGGAUGUUUCACUGUACAUCCAAAAUCAUUAUGUGAAUCAACGCCGAGAAGCAGCAAAGUCGGGAAAUGCAUUGAUGACUCAAGAUGAUUUGAAUUUCCGAAUGACCUUAGCAAGAUUGGUCACCCUGAGCUUUAACGAAACAAUGCUGACAACAGAAUUAUGGGACUACACGCAAUCGCUGGAUGACUCUCGACAAGGGCGAAUAAAUCAAUUUCAAUAA